UUGUGCGUACAUAUGAUAGUCGCGCGACGAGAUAAACGCUGUUCAGCAGGCGCCAGUAGGCUAGCAGACCUAGGCGCGAUUUCAUAAAGCGCUCGGAUAUUAUCGCCCGAGUCACACAUCUCUCUCAAACACGACGGCUGUACACGGAGAGUGAAGAUGCGUUCAAUACUCCCUACCACUGCCACGAGCAUACUCUUCGCGUUGUUGGCCUUCGGCGGUCCCUCGCAGGGGCCGACGGGAUGCCUGGCCGAGAUACGCGAGGCGUGGAGCUACGUCAAGGUGCGCGAGCACGCCUACAUGUUCUGGUGGCUCAUGUUCGCCGACCAGCCCGACUACCAGACGGCGCCACUCAUCAUCUGGCUACAGGGCGGUCCCGGCGCCUCGUCAACGGGAUUCGGCAACUUCGCCGAGAUCGGCCCCCAGGAUGUCCAGCUGCUGCCUAGAAAUCACAGUUGGGUGCGUUUCGCUAACCUGCUCUUCGUGGACAAUCCGGUUGGCGCGGGAUACAGCUACGUCACCAACGAGACGGGCUUCGCAGUUAACAACUCGCAGAUCGCUGCCGACCUGGUCACCAUGAUCUCCGUGUUCCUCGCCAAGAUGCCCGAGUUCCAGAGCGUGCCGCUGUACAUCUUCAGCGAGUCUUACGGAGGCAAGAUGGCCGCCGAAUUCGCCCUCGCUCUCUACAAGGCCCAUGCCAGUGGGAAAGUUUCCUGCAAGCUGUCUGGCGUGGCACUCGGCGACGGUUGGCUGUCGCCGUUGGAUUCCACGGCAACGUGGGGACAGUACCUUUACACUAUGUCGUUCCUGGACAAGUCCAACCUACUGACGCUGAACAAAGUUGUGAGCGAGAUCCGCCAGGCGCUGAUCGCCAAGGAUGGAGCCAAGGCGACGGCGCUGUGGGCCUCGGCCGAGGACCUCGUCGAACAGCUGACGAAUGGCAUCGACUGGUACAACAUCCUGCAGCCUCAUCCGGAACAAUCGGCUUCUCUGUCGGCCUCUCUGGCCUUACCGUCAGACAACGAACUCGGCCGAGCCUUUGUCCGCCACGUGGCGCACUUCUACAACGUCUUCAACGGAACUCUGACGGAGCUCAUGAAUGGACCAAUCAAGGAGAAGCUCGGUAGCAUCCCCAAGAACGUCACCUGGGGAGGUCAGUCCGGUGCAGUCUUCCAGGCGCUGAAAGCAGACUUCAUGCUGCCGGCUGUCGACACAGUGGACAGGUUGCUGAACGAGACCGACGUCAAAGUGGCCGUCUACAGCGGGCAGCUAGACCUUAUCGUCGACGCCCUGGGAACGCUGCAGUGGAUGGAGCAGCUCAAGUGGCCAGGCAUGAAGGACUUCCAGGCAGCGGCCAAGACACCUAUGCUAGUUGAAGACGAGACUGCAGGCUACUACAAGUCUUUCAAGAACCUCACCCUCUACUGGGUUCUCAAGGCAGGACAUAUGGUUCCGGCCGAUGCACCGCUGGCGGCGCAGUCAAUGGCUCGCCACAUCACCAUGGGGAAGUGGUGACGAAAUGAAAGCAAGAAGCCGUGGACAUUGCAAGCACAGUCGCACCGCUGUCCCUCCAUCAUCAUCGCUCUCUACGAAGGAAGACCAUCACACAAGAAGGAAAACUCAAGCCAUUUAUUAUCGCCAUUGCAGUGCACCGUCCAACCCGCGGGCACCCACAACACGCCCAGGACACACAACAUGCAGACAUAGUCGCCGGUACACGAUUGCAGUGGCUCGUGCCCUUGUGCCACUCAAUAAUACAAACGACCAAUAAAGACACGUCUUGAGAUGACGACAGCGCAGAUACUCCGGCUCCAUUUUGUGGAUGCAUUUCUUCGAUAAUGGUGGCAUUGUGUUUUGACGCCACUGAAGGAAGGCUGUUGUUGCAUAGGCAUACACUUCAGAAACAUGCGCACUGCAAUAGACCUGGGCAGUGACAAAGACAAAGAAAAAGGAA